UAUUGAAAAAAAAAAAAAGAAAUUGAGAUUGAGACGAAGUAUCAGAAAAAUCAUAUUUUUAACUUGUUUUGAUAAUGAAUAAGUUACUUUGGGUUAGAACAUGCAUGUGCACAAUAAGAAGAAACAUGUGUGCUCCACCGUCAGGAGCGUCUCCGUCUUCUGGAUCGGCUAGAGACACCAUGGCGACUCCCAAGUAUAGACCCAGUGACUUCCAGAAGUUCAUACUUGUUUGGACCAAGAAAUAUAAGAGCAAGGCCGACAUUCCUACAUUCGUUUCGCCAGAUCUCAUUGAGCGGUCCAGGAGUGAAGCUAGGAUAAAAAUAGCUAACGUGCUUAUGUUACUCACUGCACUUGCUAGUUUUGGAGCUGUUCUAGCAGGUAAGGCUGCCGUCAAACGUGGAGAAUCUGUACAUCAAAUGAACUUAGACUGGCACAAAGAAUAUAAAGAGAGUUUUGAGCGGAAGGAAGCAGAGAAGUCUAAAUAAAUAAAGUAAAAACUAAUUUGAAAUGUUAUUGUUUAUAAUAUGUAAAUAACUUUGUAGUUGUAUAAAUAGCAAAAUAUAACUUAUUGCACAAUCA